AGAACGAUUUCCUUCAUCCCUGGCAAGGACCCGUUGCCCACGAAUAAUCCUCUCAGGAUAGACCAGCCUACUGCUGCGCAGAGAUAUUUCUGGAUGUCGAAUUUCAUGAUGUACGCUCGGAUUAGGAAUGUAGUGGACAGCAGUGGACACGAAUCCUCGCGAAACUCUACUGACGCUUGCCAAGGCUCUCUAGGUUUUCUUCGUUAACGACGUUUGCUCUGCUUUAUUUGCUAUCGUAGAGACGAGGCUACGCGCAAUGGAGGACGUGAUGAACGUGUGUCGGUGCGUGAGCCUAGGAAAAUAAAUGUGGGGCCUGCCGCGGCCACCCCCCCCAACGAAUGCUGUCGAGUCCCGUAGUCACCGCUGCUGUGGCCAACAACGCCUUUCCAUCUGCCACCAACAUCUCUCCAUCUGCUACUUGCCUUGACACCCGCGACUGACAUCUCUAGCAUUUGCAUUUGCCAAUUUGUCCGGAUUUAAAGAGCUGAGAAAAGGUCAGUAUGGCAACAAAAUGAUAUCUACCGCGCUCACUGCAAAGCCUUAUCUUUCCUUUCGCUAGCCGUCCUAUAUAUAACUGCCUCUCCUGCUCACCUCAAUACCACCGCUCGUCCAGCCUCAUUUCAUAUCAUAUAUAUAUAUACCCUGUCCCACCUAAGCUUUCGGUCUACCAAUAACCCCCUACACAACAUGCCUUACAGUUUCGAAUUUGGCCACAAUGGUCAUGCUGUCCUCUCCCGCCUACUAGCUCAGAACGCCCAAUGGGCCUCUGACGUAGACCUUGCUGAAUCCGGUUUCUUCCAACAGAGCGCACAGGGUCAGGCACCCAAGGUUCUCUGGAUUGGAUGUGCAGACUCGCGAGUACCCGAGUCCGUUGUCCUAGCUGCGAAACCAGGAGACAUAUUCGUCCAUCGCAACGUCGCCAAUCAAGUACACCUUCAUGAUGAUAACGUGCUAUCCGUAAUCCAAUACGCUGUCGAUGCCGUCGGAGUCGAACAUAUCAUUAUCGCAGGUCACACCAACUGCGGUGGCGCUGCUGCAUGCCAUGCCGCCGCUCAGUCCAACGCUGCCUCGCCCGCUCCUUCGACCCCCCUUGGUCGCUGGUUAGAGCCUCUUACGACGCUCGCCGCCAAGUCCCUUUCUGAAGGUGAAACGCCACAGGACGCGAUGUUACAACUGGUCGAGGAGAACAUAAAGGCCCAGGUGCUGAAUGUGGCGCAAACUGAGACAUUGCAGAAUAUUUGGAAGAAGGGGAAACAAGUUCACGUCCAUGGGUGGUUGUAUCAUCUCGAGAAUGGACGCGUGAAGGAUUUGGGGAUCUCUGUUGGCAAAGAGAAUGUGCGGUGAUUUUUUGUAGAUGUCGUUGAAUGAAUACCCUUGAUGUCCCAAACGUAGAAUAUGUAACACCACAAACGUAACGUUGUACUGAUACUAUUGAUACCCUUGCAAUCCUUUCCAUCGUUCUCACCGUUCACCGUACAGUAAUACGAAUAAUAUUCAUCCACUGUC